CAUUCCGACUCAGAGGCUGGCUAAAAGCUAGCGGCAGCCUGCUCCUUCACUGUGCUUUUAAGCAGAUUUUUUACUUUUUUUUUUUAUUUUAUUUAAAUCGAAGCCAGUGAUUCUGAAAUGAGAGCGUUAAUGCUUAUUGCACUGGUUUUCGUGAGUGCACAGGCCAAAACAGGCGAAGAAGAUGAGUGGGUGCAUUUACCGAAUAAAUGUGAAGUGUGCAAGUUUCUGAGCAUUGAAAUGAAAUCUGCGUUUGAGGAAACGGGCAAGACAAAAGCAGUUAUUGAUACCAACUACCGUUUCUUGGACAAUAAAGGAGCACCUCCAAUCAAAUACGUGAAAUCUGAUAUUCGGUUUAUAGAGGUGAUGGAGAGCGUUUGUUCAAGGAUUCUGCAGUACAAUCUACACAAGGAGAGAGAUGGCAGCAAUCGCUUUGCAAAGGGUAUGUCUGAGACAUUUUCCACCUUGCAUAACCUGGUCCAUAAAGGAGUGAAGGUUGUCAUGGACAUUCCUUAUGAGCUGUGGAAUGAGACAAGUGCUGAAGUAGCUGAUCUCAAGAAACAGUGUGAUGUGAUGAUUGAGCAGUAUGAGGAGGUUAUUGAAGACUGGUAUAAAGGUAACCAGGAAGAAGACCUGACGAAACACCUGUGCGAGAAACAUGUCCUGAAAGGACACGACACAUCUUGUCUACAAGAAAAUUGGAUUGGGAAGAAAGGAGAUACUGCAGCCAUUGCAGAAGACAAAAAGAAAAAAAAGAGCAAAAAGAAGGCCAAAAAUAGUGAAGAUGGCCAGAAAAAGGAGAAGAAGGUAAAGAAGAAGAAAAGAAAGAGUAAGCUGACUGGUGAAAAUAGUGACAAGCUGAAAAAAGAGGAUGGACACACAUCACUCGAGGACAUUCAGGAGAAAACUGAACUCUGACGUGUAGAAUAUCCGAAGAUCAAUUUUAUUUUUUUGUUUGGUCCUACCUCUUUGCCCCUUCCCCAUUAAAAUGCCCACUCUUAAUAAAGCAAGGUGCCACAGAGAGUUCUUUGCAGUAAUGCUUUUCUCUAGAAAGAGUUUUUGCAGCGCAUCAUUCAUUAAAAGUUCUUUAGGGAACCAAAAGUGGUUCUGCUAUGGCAUCACUCAAAAGAACCGUUUUUGGCACCUUAAUUAUAAGAGUUUAUCACUGGCCACAGGUGCAGUAAGGCAGUGGUGGUUUGUUUUGAAUGAUUUUUCACUUCUCUCCAUCUUUCUCUCUGCUGUCUCAGUUGAGGGAACCUUGGUCAAAAAGAUUUAUAUUUGGCCAGUCACAGUCUUUACGAUCUACAGAAGCAUCUCUUUUCACUUCAGUUAAAAGGGAUUUCCAUAGAUUUUUCAAAAUAUCUGCGUAAUUCAAUCACAAACAGUCAUUCAGAGUAAUUUCAUGUGAAGUGGUGGAUUGUGGAGGUUCACUGAUUCAAAUUCCUUUACCAUGGUGCUGAACCAGAAGCCACAAUGUCUACAAUUCAAAUACUUUAGUUUCUUCAGAAUGGCACAUCAAACCACAGUGAAUGUCAAGAUGUAAACAAGACCAAUGUAAUUAUGUAGAAAUUGAUGAUCUCUUUUCAAGAUACAUUAGAUAGAAAAUGGAAUGUGUUGUAUUUUAAAUUGGGAAAAAAACUUGUUGUUCUAAUAUUAUUGGUCACCAUUAUGCAGAGAAACCUGGAUCUCACUCUACAUUGUUCUGCAUUUUAACUGAAGGAUAAACCAUUUCAAUGAG